AUGAAGAUCAUGAUCGACUGUCAACAACGGUGUAUGCACCUGCGUUCGAUGGUCGCAAUCACAGUCGCGCUCAUCCUUUUACACCAAUAUAGCGCGUUCCGGCUGCUGUCAGUCCGGGUAACGGCGUGCUGGUGGGGACGUUACCCUCGGGGUGUCCAGAUGAGAUUGUCGACACAGCAUGUGGACGGCAUCCCCACAACAGGGAUGCUGCACAAGCUGCGGAGUGUUGACAGCGGUCGCGCUUGUUCUCUGGGUAUCUCCCUAAGCGGGCGAUGCGUCAGACACCCAAUGGCACGUUCCAGGCUGAAGGUAGCCUGGGUGAAUCUGAUCAGCAAGCGACUCGGGAUAUAUCCGACAGCGGUUGCGCUUGUCCUCCGGGAAUGUCUAAGGAGGCUUACAGGUCGCAUUCGGCGGCGGCGAGGAGAGACAGCGGUUGCGCUCGUCCUUCAGGCUUGCUCGCAAGAGACAAUGCUCUGGACACCGUAUACCGAACGUUCCGGCUGCGCUCCAUAUGGCCCUAGUUGCCAUCGAGUCUACGAUCUACAAUACAAUACGAUACGCACCUCCCCAUGUACUCCGACUCUCAAGGCUUGCAAGGACGGGGCAGACGGCGAUGCGCAGCGGACGGCAUGGGCCAACGUCGGGAGUGCGAGCGACGUCACGCUCCUGAGGCGGGCAGGAUGCGCACGUCAAUAUGACGCGCUCGCGGGGGCCACUCCUUGA